GGUAGGGAGAGCUUGGCUCAAACAAAACAGAGAAGCCUUCCUGGAUCCAGGACAUACUUUAUAGUGCUGCGCCUGCCUGCUCUCUUUUUUGUUAAAGGCGAGAUGUGGCUCAUGUUAAGGGGAGCCCAAGCCUCCUGGCAUCAUCUAUCGUACCGUGUGCUGGUGCUCUGUCUUCUGGCAAUACAGGGCUCUACGUCUGAUGUUCUAUGGACAGCCAAUGUGAAUUACUCCUAUGUCAUGGAAAACAAGACCUACUGGGAUGAGGGAGAGAUCGGGGUCUAUGGCCAAGACUCGCCAGUGGACCGGGCAUACGGACUGGUCGUCCUGCCAAGGCGUAGGCAGCAGCACCACUUUUCAUCAUCACCAAGUAUGUGUCCACCGCAUCUGAACUUUAGUGUCCCAGAGAACUAUAACAAUGCUUGGAUUGCUCUUAUACAACGAGGAGAUUGUCCAUUUAGUGAGAAGAUCAAAGCUGCGGCGGAGGCUGGGGCCAAAGCGGUGGUCAUAUACAACAACGAAGGAAACGAAAAUGGGGUUUUUGAAAUGUCUCAUCCGGGCACAAAGGAUACCAUUGCCAUCAUGAUCGGCUUCAUAAAAGGGAUGGAGAUUGUACAACUCAUUCGUAGUAAUAUCCAGGUGACCAUGGUAAUCGAAGUUGGAAGAAAGCAUGGAUCCUGGAUGAACCAUUAUUCCAUUUUCUUUGUCUCCAUAUCUUUCUUCGUGGUGACAGCCGCCACUGUAGGCUACUUCAUCUUCUAUUCUGCUCGCCGGUGGAGACACACAAGGGCUCAGAACCAGAAAAUGAAAAAGUUAAAAGACGAAGCAAAGAAAGCAAUUGGCCGACUGCAGCUUCGCACCAUCAAGCAAGGAGAUAAGGUGCUUGGUCCAGAUGGUGAUAGCUGUGCCGUUUGUAUUGACGCAUACAAAGCAAAUGAUGUUGUGCGCAUCCUUACAUGCAACCAUUUCUUCCACAAGAAUUGCAUUGAUCCCUGGCUGCUGGAACACCGAACAUGUCCAAUGUGCAAGUGCGACAUUCUGAAAUCACUAGGAAUUGUAGCUGAUGAAGAAGAAACUGAUACCACUAUGGCAAUAUCUUCUGUAUCUAGUGAGCUUCAGCAGACCACAAUGCAGGUAGAGGAAGAGAACCAUAGUGACAUUGCAUCUUCUGGAUAUGCCUCUGUGCGAGGCAUUGAAGAGCUUGCAGAAGAACCUGAAAACUUAUACGAGAACGUAGAGCUUGUAAACAAUGAUACCUCGGCCACAGCAAUUGAAGUUCUUCCGCAAGUGGAUAAUCCGACAUUUGAAAUUGAAGAGGAGUCCCACAUUCAGAGUGUAAAAUCUUGAGAAACCGUGAAAGACAAUGCAGUCCAAUUUCCUGCAUAGUUUUAAUCCCAUUUUUUUUUUUUUUUUAAACAAAAGGAAACCUAGACUCUAGAAGGCAUCACCCCUACAAUUUAAAGAAAUGGAGAUGACAGGCAUUAACGUUAAUUGCUAGCUGGUUCUUACAGCCUCGUGUACUGCAGUUUUAAGUACUUUUUACUCAGUUUUGUUUAAACAGGAUCUAAUUAAAAUUAAAAACCUUGACAAAGUUCAUAUUUUAUUAUAAUGACACAAAAUAACAUUUUAUAUAACAAAUUUUAUCUAUAUUAAAUUAUCCCAUGUUAAUUUAUCGUGCAUUAGAUACUUCACUAAAUCUGUCUUCCUAGAUUUCCCAGAUCCCUUUUGCUGUCGCCUUAAUAAAAGACUUCACAGUAAUUAGUAUGCAUUGUUUGUCAAGAUGUAGACAAUGACCCAUUUCUCUCUUCCCACACUGCGGCAGGAUCCGAUUGUCCAGAAACUUUGGAGGUCCCCCUGUUAAUUAAAAGUGGUAAAGCAUGUUGAGAGUUGGUGCACAGGAGCCCAAAUAUUGCCUGCCUCUAUCACACAGUAUUAUUUGGUGUUUUUAUUCUAAAUUUUGAAAGAUCAAGGAAGAUUUCUGG